AUGUCCUCAAAAGAAUCUCAUAGAAGAUCAAAUCGAAGAUCUAUAAAUACAUAUCGAAUCGUAGUUCUACAAGUACAUCGAAUGUCACUGAUGAAGGAUCAAAUGGAAGUUCUUCUAGUGAUGACUACAAACAUUAUAGAUAUCGAAAGGGUGAACACAUCAAGGAUUAUAAAAUAAGAAGACAUAUUUCCGAUGGGACUUUUGGAAGAGUUUUUGAAAGUGAGAAGAAGGAAAUUUCUAAAUCCCUAUGCCAUGAAGAUAGUGAGAAGCAAUCAUGCUGAAAGUGCGUAGUAAGAAGCAGACAUACUAUUUUAUUUGAAAAAGAAAGAUUUAAAUAGAUAUUUUGUUGAAAUAAUUGAAAGCUUCUAUCAUAGAGGAUAUUAUUGUAUGGUGUUUGAGAGACUUGGACCAAGUUUAAAUGAUAUGCUAAGACUGAAUCAAAAUCGUGGGAUUCCUAUGCAUUUGAUUAGAAGCAUCAGCAGAUAAUUAAUUAAAAGCAUUGGGCACUUACAUGAAAUAAAAUUGACUCACACAGAUCUAAAACCAGAGAACAUUCUAUUUAGUAGAAUUCGUCAGUUGUAGAAACAGAAUGACUUGUAUCUCCCAGCAGAUCACAGGAUCAAGAUUAUCGACCUUGGUGGAGCUGAAUUCGAUGAUGAAGACCAUAAUUGUAUAAUUAAUACACGUCAAUAUAGAGCUCCUGAGGUUCAGUUGUAGUGUUGUAGAUGGGAUUAGAAAAGUGACGUGUGGGGAAUAGCUUGCAUCAUCUUUGAAAUGUACACAGGACAUUUACUAUUUUAAACAAGGAAGAAUGAAUUCGAACAUAUGGCUUUGGUUGAGAAGGUAACUGAAUAGAGUUUUCCUCAUUGGAUGGCAAGUAAUGUGAAGGGGUGCUUAAAACAUUGUUUCAACGUCAAAAAUGCCACUAAUGGAAAGUACUAUAUAUGGCCAUAGGGAACAACUACAAAGGAAAGUGUACUAAAGGUGAAGAAACAGCAGAGUCUAAGGGAAAUGAUACUUGACCCUUUGCUUAGAGAUUUAUUAGUCAAGAUGCUAGAAAUUGAUCCUCAUAAAAGAAUAAGUUGUUCUUAAGCCUUGGAUCACAAAUUCUUUUUAAAUUGA